AUGGGAACGCAAAAAGACAUUGAAAUUCGAAAAUCUUUUGCAGUCGACGCGCUGAAAAUUAUAUUUAAAUAUUCACAUUUCCAAAAAUUGGUAUUCUCUAAGCUUUCUGCUGUCUUUAAACAUUAUAUCAAAAAAAGAGGUUACGUACUAAAUCUAUCAACAAUGGGUGCUUACAAGUAUUUGGAAGAAUUGCAAAGAAAGAAACAAUCUGAUGUCCUAAGAUUCUUGCAAAGAGUCAGAGUUUGGGAAUACAGACAAAAGAAUGUUAUUCACAGAGCUUCUAGACCAUCUAGACCAGACAAGGCUAGAAGAUUAGGUUACAAGGCCAAGCAAGGUUUCGUCAUCUACAGAGUUAGAGUUAGAAGAGGUAACAGAAAGAGACCUGUUCCAAAGGGUGCUACUUACGGUAAGCCAACUAACCAAGGUGUUAACGAAUUGAAGUACCAAAGAGCUUUGAGAGCCACCGCUGAAGAAAGAGUUGGUCGUCGUGCUGCUAACUUGAGAGUCUUGAACUCCUACUGGGUUAACCAAGAUUCUACUUACAAGUACUUUGAAGUUAUCCUUGUUGACCCAUCUCACAAGGCUAUCAGAAGAGAUGCUAGAUACAACUGGAUCUGUAACCCAGUUCACAAGCACCGUGAAAACAGAGGUUUGACUGCCACUGGUAAGAAAUCCAGAGGUAUCAAUAAGGGUCACAGAUACAACAACACCAAGUCUGGUAGAUCUAAGAUCUGGAAGAAGCACAACACUUUGUCCUUGUGGAGAUACAGAAAAUAA